CAGCUUUCACCCCAAGCGGCCGUGGAUCCUCACCAGCCUACACAAUGGCGUCAUCCAGCUGUGGGAUUAUCGGAUGUGCACCCUUAUCGACAAAUUCGAUGAGCACGAUGGACCCGUUCGAGGUAUUGAUUUCCACAAACAGCAGCCUCUGUUUGUUUCUGGAGGUGAUGAUUACAAAAUAAAGGUCUGGAAUUACAAAUUGCGCCGCUGUCUCUUCACUCUGCUUGGGCACUUGGAUUAUAUUCGCACUACCUUCUUCCACCACGAAUAUCCCUGGAUCUUGAGUGCUUCUGAUGACCAGACCAUUCGGGUUUGGAACUGGCAGUCCAGAACUUGUGUUUGUGUGCUGACAGGACACAACCACUAUGUGAUGUGUGCCCAGUUUCAUCCCUCUGAGGACCUGGUAGUGUCGGCCAGCUUGGAUCAGACCGUGCGCGUUUGGGAUAUUUCUGGCCUAAGGAAGAAGAACCUGUCCCCUGGAGCUGUGGAAUCAGAUGUCAGAGGAAUAACGGGGGUGGAUUUGUUUGGGACAACAGAUGCGGUUGUGAAGCACGUUCUUGAGGGCCAUGAUCGUGGGGUGAACUGGGCUGCCUUCCACCCUACAAUGCCGCUUAUUGUGUCGGGAGCCGAUGAUCGGCAAGUGAAGAUCUGGCGGAUGAACGAAUCAAAGGCCUGGGAGGUUGACACUUGCCGGGGGCAUUACAACAACGUCUCGUGUGCUGUCUUUCACCCACGGCAGGAGCUCAUCCUCAGCAAUUCGGAAGACAAGAGCAUCCGUGUCUGGGAUAUGUCUAAACGCACGGGUGUCCAGACCUUCCGGCGUGAUCAUGAUCGCUUUUGGGUAUUGGCUGCUCAUCCCAACCUCAAUCUCUUUGCUGCAGGCCAUGACGGUGGCAUGAUCGUGUUCAAACUGGAGCGCGAGCGGCCGGCUUACGCUGUGCACGGGAACAUGCUGUAUUAUGUGAAGGACCGUUUCCUCCGCCAGCUUGAUUUCAACAGUUCAAAGGACGUUGCUGUCAUGCAGCUGCGAAGUGGUUCCAAGUUCCCCGUGUUCAACAUGUCAUACAACCCAGCUGAGAAUGCUGUCCUUCUCUGCACAAGAGCCAGCAACCUAGAGAAUAGCACUUAUGACCUAUACACCAUUCCCAAGGAUGCAGACUCCCAGAAUCCGGACGCCCCUGAAGGGAAGCGUUCCUCCGGGCUAACAGCUGUGUGGGUAGCUCGUAACCGCUUUGCAGUCCUGGAUCGCAUGCACUCGAUCCUAAUCAAAAACCUGAAGAAUGAGAUCACAAAGAAGGUUCAGGUGCCGAACUGUGAUGAGAUUUUCUAUGCUGGCACAGGGAACCUGUUACUGAGAGAUGCAGACUCCAUCACCCUCUUUGAUGUGCAGCAGAAGCGAACUCUGGCCUCGGUGAAGAUCUCCAAGGUGAAAUAUGUCAUCUGGUCAGCUGACAUGUCCCAUGUGGCUCUGCUGGCUAAGCAUGCCAUCAUGAUCUGCAACAGAAAGCUGGAGUCGCUGUGUAACAUCCAUGAAAACAUCCGUGUCAAGGGCGGUGCCUGGGAUGAAAGUGGCGUUUUCAUCUAUACCACCAGCAACCACAUCAAAUACGCGGUCACCACGGGGGAUCACGGAAUUAUACGCACCCUGGACCUGCCGAUCUACGUUACCCGCGUGAAGGGGAACAAUGUGUACUGCCUGGACAGAGAGUGCCGCCCCAGGGUCCUCACCAUCGAUCCCACAGAAUUCAAAUUCAAGCUGGCAUUGAUCAACAGAAAGUAUGAUGAGGUGCUGCACAUGGUGAGGAAUGCAAAGCUUGUGGGCCAGUCCAUCAUUGCCUACCUGCAGAAAAAGGGCUACCCAGAGGUGGCCCUGCACUUUGUCAAGGACGAGAAGACGCGUUUCAGCCUGGCACUGGAGUGUGGCAACAUUGAGAUUGCUCUGGAAGCAGCCAAAGCUCUGGAUGACAAGAAUUGCUGGGAGAAGCUGGGAGAGGUGGCGUUGCUGCAGGGAAAUCACCAGAUCGUGGAGAUGUGCUACCAGCGCACCAAGAACUUCGACAGGCUCUCCUUCCUCUAUCUCAUCACCGGCAAUCUGGAGAAGCUUCGGAAGAUGAUGAAGAUAGCCGAGAUCCGUAAAGAUAUGAGCGGCCACUACCAGAACGCCUUGUAUCUAGGAGACGUGGCGGAGAGAGUGAGGAUCCUGAAGAACUGUGGGCAAAAGUCCCUGGCCUAUCUCACGGCUGCGACUCAUGGUCUGGAUGAGGAAGCUGAAAGCCUGAAGGAAACAUUUGAUCCAGAAAAGGAAACGAUUCCAGACAUUGAUCACAAUGCAAAGCUGCUGCAGCCUCCUGCUCCUGUCAUGCCUCUGGAUACCAACUGGCCACUGCUGACUGUCUCCAAGGGCUUCUUCGAAGGAACAAUUGCUAGCAAAGGCAAAGGGGGUGCCUUGGCUGCUGACAUCGAUAUCGACACUGUUGGCACGGAAGGCUGGGGAGAAGAUGCAGAGUUGCAGCUGGAUGAAGAUGGCUUCGUAGAUGCUGGAGAGGGCUUUGGAGAGGAAGGUCUAGGUAAGGGACAGGAAGAAGGAGGUGGAUGGGAAGUCGAAGAAGAUUUGGAUCUUCCCCCUGAACUGGAUGUUCCUGCUCCAGCAGGAACAGCAGAGGAUGGAUUCUUUGUGCCACCCACCAAGGGCACCAGCCCAGCUCAGGUGUGGUGUAACAAUUCUCAGCUCCCUGUUGACCACAUCCUGGCUGGCUCCUUUGAGACAGCAAUGAGACUGCUCCAUGACCAGGUAGGAGUAACAAACUUCGGACCCUACAAGCAGCUGUUCCUGCAGACCUAUGCCCGUGGCCGUACGACCUACCAGGCCCUGCCAUGUCUCCCUACCCUAUAUGGAUACCCACAUCGCAACUGGAAAGAAGCUGGCUUGAAGAAUGCGCUCCCUGCCGUCGGACUGAAACUCAAUGACCUGAUCCAGCGCCUGCAGCUGUGCUACCAGCUCACUACGGCUGGCAAGUUUGAGGAGGCCGUGGAGAAGUUCCGCUCCAUCUUGCUCAGCGUGCCCUUGCUGGUGGUGGACAACAAGCAGGAGAUUGCUGAGGCCCAGCAGCUGAUAGCCAUUUGCCGGGAGUAUAUUGUAGGGCUCUCGAUGGAGACUGAGCGGAAGAAGCUGCCCAAAGAGACCCUGGAGCAGCAGAAGCGCAUCUGCGAGAUGGCUGCCUAUUUCACCCACUCCAACCUGCAGCCUGUCCACAUGAUCUUGGUGCUGCGUACUGCUCUCAACCUCUUUUUCAAACUUAAAAACUUCAAGACAGCUGCUACUUUUGCCCGUCGGCUGCUGGAGCUGGGUCCAAAGCCUGAGGUGGCCCAGCAGACUCGCAAGAUCUUGUCAGCCUGUGAAAAGAAUCCCACUGACACCUACCAGCUCAACUAUGACAUGCACAACCCCUUUGACAUCUGUGCUGCCUCUUACCGACCCAUCUAUCGUGGCAAACCUGUGGAGAAGUGUCCGCUCAGCGGAGCCUGCUACUGCCCCGAGUUCCACGGGCAGAUCUGCCGCGUCACUAUGGUGACGGAGAUUGGGAAAGAUGUCAUCGGGCUGCGCAUCAGCCCGCUCCAGUUCCGCUAGGACAUGCCUGUCCUGGGGAGGUGUGAGAUCAGAGGGAAACGGUCUCAUUUCACAGCGCAGUGUGGAAACUCACCUCCCACCAUUCCAGCCCUUAGUGUAGCCUCUUCACCAUAGCCACACCCGUACUGUGUCCUACCUCCUCUUCCCGGCCCAGGGAU